AGCAGGAGGAGGAGGAGUGCGCGGCUGUGAUCAGAGCUUGGAAAGUGCCCGGGAGCCCUAUUACCGCUGCCGCUGCGUUCUGUGCCCCAGCUCGUACAUCUCACCUGUGGAGCUGGGAGGACGGUCCCCAGCCAGCCGGGGAAGACGAGCGCCUGCAGAUGCGUGGGCACCAUGCUGACCUCCGGGCUUCUCCCCCUGCUGCCCCGGGCUCUCCUGCUGUUGCUGCUGCUUGGAGCUGUCACUCUGUGCACAGGUCUCAAGUGUGUGUGUCUGAUGUGUGAAAAUACCAAUUACAUCUGCCACACUGAAGGUGCUUGCUGGACAUCAGUGAUGCUUACGAAUGGGAAAGAGGAAGUGACCAAGUCUUGUCUCACUCUUCCUCAGCUGAAUGCCCAAGUAUACUGCCACAGUUCAAACAACAUCACUAGAACAGAAUGUUGCCACUCAGAUUUCUGUAACAAUAUAACACUCCGAUUACCUCCAGCAUCUCCAAGUGCAUCCCAUUUUGGUCAUGUGGAACUGACGGUAAUGGUAACAAUUCCAAUAUGUGUCCUGUCUAUAGCCAUAAUGCUUACGGUCUACACCUGUCAACGGCGGUACUGUGCAUACAUGAAAACAAAGCGGCAGUGUAUAGAGGAGCCGCUAACUGACUGUAACUUGGACCCUGACGGCAAAUGCUUGAAAGAUCUCAUCUAUGAUAUGACAACAUCGGGAUCUGGGUCUGGCUUACCUUUGCUUGUUCAGAGAACCAUUGCAAGGACAGUAAUCAUUCAGGAGGUAGUUGGCAAAGGGCGUUUUGGAGAGGUCUGGAGAGGAAAGUGGUGCGGAGAAGAUGUCGCUGUAAAGAUUUUCUCCUCUCGAGAUGAGAGGUCAUGGUUCCGUGAAGCAGAAAUCUAUCAGACUGUAAUGCUGAGACAUGAAAAUAUCCUUGGUUUCAUAGCUGCUGACAAUAAAGAUAAUGGCACUUGGACCCAGCUCUGGCUUGUAUCUGAAUACCAUGAACAGGGCUCCUUGUACGAUUACCUGAACCGCAACACAGUAACUAUUGGGGGAAUGAUGAAAUUGGCCCUAUCCGUUGUCAGCGGGCUGGCACAUCUUCACAUGGAAAUAGUUGGCACUCGAGGUAAGCCAGCUAUAGCACACAGGGAUCUGAAAUCCAAAAAUAUUCUAGUGAAGAAAAAUGAGACAUGCGCCAUUGCUGACCUGGGUCUAGCAGUGAAACACGAUUCAAUAACAAACACUAUAGACAUUCCGCAAAAUCCAAGAGUUGGGACCAAACGUUACAUGGCUCCGGAAUUACUGGAUGAUUCUAUAAAAAUGAAUCACUUUGAGUCAUUCAAAUGCGCAGACAUCUACUCACUCGGUUUGGUGUACUGGGAAAUAGCGCGGAGAUGUUCUGUGGGCGGUGUUGUAGAUGAAUACCAGUUGCCUUACUAUGACAUUGUGCCUUCUGAUCCUUCAUUGGAAGAUAUGAGAAAGGCCGUUUGUGAACAGAAGCUUCGACCCAACAUACCAAACCAAUGGCAAAGUUUUGAGGCUCUUAGGGUUAUAGGGAGGAUAAUGCGAGAGUGCUGGUAUGCCAACAGCAAAGCCCGUCUGACGGCUCUUCGUAUAAAGAAGACCAUCGCGCAGCUUUGUGUGGACGAAGAUUUCAAGCUGUAAUUACACGUCUGUAAGACUGCAGCAGUCACAAUAUGUUGGUGAGAUUGCUUCGUAGCUAUGUUUCUUCUACCUCAGAUGUAAAGUGCCCGACUGGAAGAUUAAGAACAAAAGCUUCUUGAUGACAGCCAUUUGCUGAUUAAUUGGCCCUCUUUUUCCAAGGACUAAUAUGUAUGUGUUACAGUUAGCCAGAAAAGAGAAGGGCUGUACAUUUUUAAACGUCAGCUCAAGUUUUCUAAGAAAUUAUAUAUUUACAAUGACAGAAAUACACUAUUUGAACAACAGUAUACACAUAGAGAAAUUAUUAAUUAUUACAUUUAUUUUCUUUUACCAGAUUUUUUUUUUUAACAAGAUCAGCUGGAUAUAUACCUGAAACACUAAUGGAGUUCUUUUAGUUGUUACAUGUUAUUCAUCAAGUACAUGAUUGUGUUUCGUUCUAAGGGAAUAGCCUUGGCAGUUACUUAAAGGCACACUAACCUUUCUGUGUUAAAGCUUUCUUGUGAUUUACUGUAUCUAACUGAGCUAUAAAGACAUAUAUUUAUAUAAGAAUUUGUACAGAAAGGCUGUUAGUACAUUCCAUGACCGUGACUGCUACAAACAGUACUUGCACGGCCCAUGAAGCACCGCCAUUGUGCUCCUUUUUCCAGAUGAUACCUUUUCCCAGUGGCAUGUCUAUAAUGGUAGCGUUGUGUGUUAGGAUCAUGUUCCGUGAUUUAUUUUGAAAUAUGAAUCUGGCACCAUAUUUCUGAUAAAAUCGCUGGAAAUAUGGCAUAGAUAGGCACCAUAUAUUGCUGGACAAAUGGAGCAUGCGCAGGAGACUCUGGCAGAGUGCGCCAACGUCAUAUUUCAAGGGGGACGGGAGCCCACAGAAAGUACACACGGGUCUUAUCCUGUCUUAAAACGCCCCUGCCUUAUCCUGUAUGUGUGUGAAAAAUGACCAGUCAUCCUGACCUUUGUUUGUCCACUGCCGUUCCCAACUGUAGAUGGAAUUACCUUACUAUCUUGUCAGACAUUGGCUUUGAGAGGGCAGAGAUUAGAGUGGGAAGGGGCUGAAAACUACUCAAGAAUGUUGAAAGUGCUUAAGAAUAUACAGUGUAUCCAGCUAAAUCUUUGUUACUCAUGGACACACCCUAAAAACAGACAAUAUUUUCACAUAUACAAGGGCGUAGCUACAGUUUGUGCAGGGGGUGCAGCUGCUACGGUGUCCAGCCUCCCCCUACACCUAGUUCUGCUACAAGCAGACGGACACUUCCUCCUGCACUGCAGGCACAUCUUUUCUCCCAGCUGACUCUGUGAGGUAAAUGUUUCAUACCUGCACUGUUCGUACGGCUAUAACACUUCCUGGUUCGCCUUUCUACCGAGGCGAAGCAGGAAACAAUAGCGACAGUUUAUAUGAACAUCUCGUUUGCCCGAGCUGGGGAGUGAUAACUCCCCCUCCCCAGAGAUCCCUGACAGACACCCCAAGGCAUAUCAACCUAGUGCUGAUGUGCUGUGUCUCAGCCCUGGCUACCUCCACUGGGCAUGCACGAGAUCUCGCUAAUAUCACAAGAUCUUACAUGCAGCACGGACUCAUCAGCCGCCACAGCCAGUGACAAAGCUAUCCCUGCUGUGGUCAAUGGGCAACAACACCUGCAAGUGUCAAAAUCAGUGGCUGCAGAUUUCAGAACGGUCAGUGCUACCGACUGUUCAUGUAUUGGCCAGCAUAUCGUUGUGCUAUGUGCAACCUUACAGAUAGCAACGCCAACAUAUACAGUGGCACAUAACGCCCCUGUCAUAUAGCACACACUGCCGCAGUAAUACAUGGGAUAGAAGCAGUACCAAUAAACAUAACGUGUGCUGAUACCGUUUCUCCCCAUAACAGAGGAUCAUACAUUUACCCCUGUGUCUCCUAACUGAUGCUGGGAGGAGGAUUGGCUGAGCUUGCAGGGACAUCCCCUGACCACGACCACACCUGCUAUCAGCAUUAGUGAGGAGAGACAGAGAUGGCUGGGAUAGCAGAUGUGACUGCAGUGCAGCAGCACACUGAUAAGAAGCAAAAAGCAACAACGGGGCCCCAACAGUGAGUGCCUGUCCGCUGUGGGCAGUUCACUUGGGGGAGGGUCUUUAAGUAGUCCAUCGGGAGCUCGGUGUAGUCCUUCUGAGGGGGGUGUCAUGGAAAUUGUGCUAUUACGGCCCUGUACAUUUACUGUAUUUAUUACAACAAAAAAGACAGAUACGUUGAAGUCAGUGUUCGCUCGAGCAUUCCUUACAGUGUUUUUCAUGUUUUUGUUGUGGUGCUGGCAGUGAGGAGUUUGCUAUUUGUGAAAUGCACUAUAAUUGGAAUAUAAAGGACUCAGUUUUAUAUAUAAGUGAGGAAAGAAUGUACUAUACCUCCAGGCACUUGAAUAGUUUUUAAUUUAGAAGAUAUAACAAAGUGAAAGCAUUCAGCCCAUUCAUAACAAGUUGCUGUUAGUCUUCUUAUAUUUAAGCAAAAUCACUAUUAGUGUUGGUAGCUAAAAAGUGUCAACAAUAAAAUUGUAUAAGUGUCCAUGCCUCUAAGAAAGUGCCAUGUCAGGCCAGUACUAGCUCGGCCUCCAGCUAAAUUGGGUUAUUAUUGAUACUGUUAUGUUAUAGACAGUACCACAGAUAUUGAUCCAACUGAAGAAGACUGUUGGCGGCUUCCUUUGAAUGGCGCCAAUGUGGCCACUUCCUUAUUACAUUUUACAUUGCUUGGGGCAGUUGGAGAAGCUGCAACAGCAUCCUGUGCCAUCUGCACUCAAGAUGUGCAAGACUGGGACCAGUAACCAGGUGGAGAUAAGGAAUAACUCUCCACUACAGAGACUCAGAAGGAGAUAUAUAGGAUUACUGCAUUCUGAGGUUCUGACUGAGAAGUGACCAUAUUACUUUCUCCAUUCAUUAGAGCAUACCUCCCAACCUUUGGUGACUGGGAUUUGGGAAAAGUAUGCAUGCACCACUGUACCCCAUUAUGCACCCAUAAAAGGACCAUUUCAUGCCUGUCACACCAUCGCUGAUGUGAAACACACCCGCUCAUCGCUUGUCUGCUAUGCAGAGCAGCAGUAAAUGGGAGAUAAUUCUCAAUUCCUGGCCCAGUUGAGACAAAUCUUUUCCGAUUGUGAAGAAGGGGCAGAGCUCCAGAAUCAGGUCAGUCCUGCCUAAAUCAGGCCUUGUGCCUGCCUGGCACUACUUUCUUUACUUCUGCUGGCACUGCAUUUUAUGGCUGCUUGUCAGAGGCAAGAAAUGUCAUCAGGAGAAUGAACGGUCCUUGCAAUGUCUGCCAUCCUUUCCUUCACCACUGAUAACACACUGCCAAUUUGAAUGAGCAGGACCACAGGGAGUAACAUCGUUCAGGCUUGCAUAAGAUCCUGGAUCACCAGAGAUAAAGUACCAACCAAUCGGCUCCUGUCAUUUUAUAGACUGUUAGAAAAAUAACAGGAGUUGGUACUUAGCUUUGAUACAUCUCCCCCUAUGUAAGAAUUUUUUUGGGAUCAGGUUUUACUUACCCUCAAAACUAAAUCUUCAGUUUCUUAAGUUUCCUUUAAGCUUGAGUACAACUGCUCUUCUCCAGGGCACAUUUGUUUAACAUUGGAUUCACGUAGGUGUACAUGAAGCGAUGGUAUCAUAAUCCUGUCAUUCGCCAUCCCGAUUGUCAGACUGACAACAGCUGCAACCCAGCGGUCAAAUUCACAAUGCAUCCCAGUAAGUACUUUAAACCUAAACCUUACCCACCCGUCCUGCAGCCUAACUCUGACUGCCUCCUCACACAGGAUUACAUACGUUUUACCAGCGGAAUGGGUGCCGACUGUCAAUAUCUUGACAGCGGCAUCCCACCCGCCAGAAUGCCGGCAGUGGGGCGAGUGCUAAGAGUCUCCUUGCGGGCUCAGUGGCUCGUGCCAUGGGUUCUUGGACACCCGUGAGUGGUAAUAGCCCUGGUGUGCUAGGAUUCCGGCUGUCGUAAUUGUCAGCUGACAGGAUUGGCGGGAUCCUGAAUGGCGGGAUCCCGACAGCCGGCAUUUUACCUGUAACCCAGCCUAACCCUAACUCCCCCUCCCCCCGCCUAAAUCUAACCCUGCCCCUUCUUGCAGCCUUACUUUAACCCUUCCCCUAGUGCCUAACCCUUACCCAAAACCCCAGUACUUACUGUUGGGUUCCGUCAGGAUUCUGACCAGCAGGUUUCCACUGUCUGUAUUCUGACUGUAGGAUCCUGACGCAUACCGUAUGUAAAGCAUAUAAUAUACAUUCCACAUUUUGUUUUCAAGUCUGCAUUUUUUUGUCUGCUUUUUAUGUCCCUAUUUUCUGUUUGACCUGUUAUCCUCACUGGAAAGCAGAUUAAUGAUAAUAAUACAGAACUUUACCAGUGACGUAGUUUUGGAAAAUAGAACAUAACGGGUACAGAGAAAGCAGGAUGUAACGUUAGUAACACACAUACUAUUAUCAUCUGUACAGCUGAACAGGUCCCUCUCUAUCCAGUACCUGCUGCUCCCCUAUCUGUACUUGCAGCUCCUCUAUCUGAUCUUUAAUCAUUUUCCCUCAUGAUUUUCAGUAUUAACUUAAAUAUUGUAAUGAGCAUUUCUGUGACAUUUACUAGUAUAUAGUUUUGGUGGUACUUGAAAUAAGCCAAAUAAACCUUAUUGCGCUAAAUAUACCAAUGCAGGAUCAUUCAUAUGUUGAAGAAAUAUUUUUGUUUACCUAGAACUAGUGUUACAAAGAAUGUCAAUGUAAGAUUCAGUUAGGGAUAAUUUUAGCUGCAUCACAAUAACUAAAUUACUUUCUUUGUGCUAUAGUAAUACAGGUUGAGUAUCCCUUAUCCAAAACGCUUGGGACCAGGGGUAUUUUGGAUAUCGGAUUUUUCCAUAUUUUGGAAUAAAUGCAUACCAUAAUGAGAUAUCAUGGUGAUGGGACCUAAAUCUAAGCACAGAAUGCAUUUAUGUUUCAUAUACACCUUAUACACACAGCCUGAAGGUCAUUUUAGACAAUAUUUUUUAGAAUUUUGUGCAUUAAACAAAGUGUGUCUAGAUUCACACAAUUCAUUUUAUGUUUCAUAUACACCUUAUACACAAAGCCUAGAGGUCAUUUAAUACAAUAGUUUUAAUAACUUUGUGUAUUAAACAAAGUUUGUGUACAUUGAGCCAUCAAAAAACAAAGGUUUCCCUUUUUCACUCUCACUCAAGAAAGUCCGUAUUUCGGAAUAUUCCGUAUUUCGAAAUAUUUGGAUAUGGGAUACUCAACCUGUAUAUACUGUAUAUAUUUUUUGUUUCGUGUAUUUUUUAUUGAGUUUUCCUGACAUAUAUUUGUAGUAGACACCGUCGCCAGCUAUCUAGGAUUAGGUUUUGCCAUAUACGCUAUAUAGAAAACCAAAGAUUGGUGUGUGUGUGUGUAUGUGUAUCUGCAACUCUUGCUGCGAAUGCUGGAGAAAGCGCAUAUUGGGGGUUAUUCAGGUUUGUUAGUAAACCCAAAAAGUAAGCAAUUGAGCUAAACCGCGUUGCAUUGCAGGUGGGGCAGAUGUAACGCGCAGAGAGAUUGAGGUAUGGGUGGGUUGUAUUGUUUCUGUGCAGGGUAAAUACUGGCUGCUUUAUUUUUACACUGCAAUUAAGAUUUCAGUUUGAACACACCCCACCCAAAUUAACUCUCUCUGCACAUGUUAUAUCUGCCCCCCCUGCAGAGCAAACAUGGUUUUGCCCAGUUGCUUGCUUUUAUGGUUUGCUAACAAACCUGAAUUAGGCCCAUAGAGCUGACGUUUGGGUGAAUGGAUUCUUAGCUAUUACAUCUAAGAAAUAACACUAGAACUGGGGACAAGUCCACUUUAGGCAAGAGUAUACAGUGAUGUUUAUGUAUUCUUGGCAUUGGCAGUUGAAUAUUCAUGCUUUCAACUCCAAUUUAUAUAUUUCUUAACCUAAGAAUAUUUUCUUUCUUAUGUUUACAGUAACUCUCUACUCAAUAAUCGUGGAUUUAAUUAUCUUUGUUAUAUCCGCACAGUGAACCAUGGCCCUCAUUCCGAGUUGAUCGGUCGCAAGGCGAAUUUAGCAGAGUUACACACGCUAAGCCGCCGCCUACUGGGAGUGAAUCUUAGCUUCUUAAAAUUGCGACCGAUGUAUUCGCAAUAUUGCGAUUACUAACUACUUAGCAGUUUCAGAGUAGCUCCAGACUUACUCUGCCUGUGCGAUCAGUUCAGUGCUUGUCGUUCCUGGUUGACGUCACAAACACACCCAGCGUUCGGCCAGGCACUCCCACCGUUUCUCCGGCCACUCCUGCGUUUUUUCCGGAAACGGUAGCGUUUUCAGCCACACGCCCCUGAAACGCCGUGUUUCCGCCCAGUAACACCCAUUUCCUGUCAAUCACAUUACGUUCGCCGGAGCGAUGAAAAAGCCGUGAGUAAAAUUACUUUCUACAUAGCAAAGUUACUUGGCGCAGUCGCAGUGCGAACAUUGCGCAUGCGUACUAAGCGGAUUUUCAUUGCGAUGCGAUGAAAAAUACCGAGCGAACGACUCGGAAUGAGGGCCCAUGUCAGGUGCACUAAGUAUCUGUGAUCGCAAUCAGUUUAACAUGCCUCAGGUGUUGGAUUAAUUUGAGACAACAGAAAUAAUCUCCUGCGGAGUAGACAAACUCGUCAUGCAAAGAUAGAUUUACAUUAAUUACAAUAGUAUAAUUUCACGUUUUACUAAUUCACUGCUUUAUUCAAUUUGCCAUUUUCAAAAUUAUAAUAGCAGCUCAGAAGUGUGUAAAAUAUUAAUAACUUGCAAUGAACAAAACAUUGUCUCUUCUAAUUAUUAGUGGGCUGUGCAGCACAAUCCACACACUACAGUCUUGGCCACUCCAGGCUGCACAUCUCACUCCUGGCUGCACAUUCCAGUUCGAUCCACAUAUCCCGGUCCUUGCCACACAUCCCAGUCUUGGCAGCACAUCCCAGUCCUGGCCCAACAUCUCAGUCCUAGCUGCAUAUCUCAGUCCUGGCUGCAUAUCUCAGUCCUAGCACACAUCUCCGACCAGCCACAUGCCCUGAGAUUACAAUUUGCCCUCUUGCAUUGGUAGCCAGAUUUGGCAGGCUCAGUGGUUCUACCCUCAAGCCCAGCGGCUGAAUAACACUGGUGGCUCAAUGUAAUAGCCUCCAAGUUCUGGAGGUACAGGACUUUUGUACAAGUCUGCCCAUUUUUUUAUUUUUUUUAAAGAAGCAAUCAUUUACAAAGUCAAAACCAACCUGGUUUUGCCUGGUAAAUGAUUGCUGCUUUAAAAAAAACGUACAGACUCACACAAAAGUCCUGUACCUUUUGAACUCGGAGGCUAUUACAUUUAGCCACGGGUCUUCACUGAAAAUAAUCAGCUUGUCUUCAACUAGAUCAUUCUUUGCCAUGCCAAUUGUUCUGGGGUCCCAAUAUCAAGGUACAAAACAUACAGUAAUAAUACAUAUGCCAAUGUCAGGUUAUAUGCUGAAUUAGGUGGCUAGUUUUAAGUUGCCCACACAGGUAGAGAUUUUAUAAUUGUAACCAAAUUGUCCAGUACUCACACCUCUUGUGGCCCAAUACUGAUAGAUUAAAUAUUAUCCAGGCGCAUCACAAUUCAUCUAUAAAGAUGGAAAAUCUGGACUGAAGAUGACUUAAGUCAUGUACAGUACUGAAGGGCACACUUUCAUGUAGUUUCCUUGUGCAAUCUGAUCAAUCUGUAAGACCAGAUCUGUGCAACUAGUCCAAAUUGUCUACAGAUCUGGACAUUCAGUGUUUAGGCCACUAAAAGACCACCUUACACUAUGUGAUAUAUUUACUAAAGUGCGGAUUUUUAGAAGUGGAGAUGUUGCCCAUAGUAACCAAUCAGAUUAUAUUAUCUUCUAGAAGUUGCUAGAGAAAUGAUAAGUAUAAUCUGAUUGGUUGCCAUAAGCGAGAUCUUUCUUUCUAAAUACCUGCACUUUAGUAAAUAUACCCCUAUGUGUGUGGGCAGCUGUUCCCUAUCUUCAGUAAUAGACCGUAAUUCUAAGGUGAUAACAGGACGUUCCGGAGAAAGUUUGCCUUGCUAUCAUUGGCCAUAGUUACUGUGCUAAUAUAUGAAUGCCUGGCUUGCCUGGGCACAUGUGAGCGUGAAGUUCCACUUUUUUAUAAGAAAUUGUGAAAGCUGACCCGCUAUAAUUCCGGCUCUUCUUUACCUGAAUUAUGAAGGUCCCUUGCUAGGGUAAUAUCACUAUAAUAAGUUAAACAUAUUUCUAUAACAUGGAAAGUUUUACCAGUUUUGCUAUUACUGCUAAUACUGUACUAUGUAUCUUUGUGAUGUCAUGUAUAUUGUGUGUGUACUCUAUAUACCAACAUACUUUGUAGGCAAUGCACAGCAUAACCAAAACUAUUACAUGCAUAUACAUGUUUUACAAGGUAUACGGUGGCUUUUUUUUUUUUAGAUGUAUCUGAACAGUUUUUUUCAUGCAUUAUUUUUAUGACCAUGUAUUGUUUUGUAAAGUGGUAUCUAUAGGCAAAUCUCAUCAGUGUUUAAGUGAAAUAAAAAUAUAUAUUUUAAAUAAAGAAAAAUGAAAAAUGU